AAAGGCAGCUUUACAAUGUUUUGAUUCCCAUUCUCUGGUGGGACUAUUUAAGUUCCGAAGCUGUCUUACUUGUGAAGCAAUUGUAAGAAAAGCUUCUGGGGGGGAGGAUUACAGCGACCGGCCUGAAGCUAGUUCAAACUAGUGGGAGGUUGUCUGUUAGGAAAAUGGCUCGUGGAAAGGUUCAGUUGAGACGUAUUGAGAACCAUGUGCACAGGCAGGUUACCUUCUGCAAGCGCCGAGCAGGGCUCCUUAAGAAGGCUAAGGAGCUCUCUGUGCUGUGUGAUGCUGAAAUUGGAGUUGUCAUUUUCUCCGCCCAUGGAAAGCUCUAUGAACUAGCCACCAAAGGAACCAUGCAAGGGCUCAUUGAGAGGUACAUGAAGUCCAGCCGUGGGGCUCAACCUGAACCAGCUGCCAUGGAGACCCAGCCGGCGCCUGAUCUGGAUACAAAGGAGGAGAUCAACAUGUUGAAGCAAGAGAUUGAAGUACUGCAAAAAGGACUAAGGUACAUGUUCGGAGCAAGAGCUGCAGCAGAAAUGAGCUUAGAUGAAUUGCUUGUACUCGAAAAACAUCUUGAAAUUUGGAUUUAUCAAAUUCGUUCAACCAAGAUGGACAUCAUGUUUAAAGAGAUUCAGCAGUUGAGGAACAAGGAAGAAAUAUUGACGGCUGCAAACCAACACCUCCAUAAUAAGGUGGAGGAGAAUGCUGAGAUUACUAACUUUGUGUCAGUAACCUCUGAUUUUCCGCACCCACUAACUAUACAAAAUGAAAUAAUAUUUCAAUAUUAGGAGUAGCUCGCUCUAAGUUUAGAGUGCAAUUGCGAGGUUACGUUUGGUGUUGCAAGCAAUGAAUAUUAGUGAUUAUAUAAUAUUUGUGAGGUGUGUUGCAUAAGUAAUAAACUUCAGAAAUUGUUACAUA